AACCUGUCCAAAUUCAAUGUAACACACAACUCCACUUUUCGGUACAAGUACAUAGUCUUAAACUUUUCUUACAUUUGCAUCACAUAAAACAUUCAAUCACCAACAUCAUUGGUUCGAUCAAAUAAACAACCAUGGGAGAUGUAGAAGUAGACCAGCCAGAUUCAGCUUUUAUUCAAUCCCCACAACACAGACCAAAACCCUCAAUAAUCAUUGCUCAAGGUAUCCCUCUAAUCGAUUUCUCUCCCAUAAACUACCAAGACCAAACCAUCACCACCACCACCACAAUCCCACUUUCCAUCCAAGGCUUAGUCAAGGAAAUAGGUAAAGCAUGUAAAGAGUGGGGAUUUUUCCAAGUGAUUAAUCACAAAGUACCUUUGGCUAAACGUGAGAGAAUUGAAGAAUCUGCAAGGAAGUUUUUUGGACUUAGCUUGGAAGAGAAGAUUAAAGUGAGAAGAGAUGAAGUUAACUUGCUUGGUUAUUUUGAAGCAGAACAUACCAAGAAUGUUAGAGACUGGAAGGAAAUUUAUGAUUUCAAUGUUCAACAGCCCACUUUUAUACCACCUUCACUUGAGCAAGAUUUUCGGUUCAAAUGGGAAAAUCGUUGGCCUCAAAAUCCUCCAGAGUUCAGAGAAGCAUGCCAAGAAUAUGCAGAAGAAGUGGAGAAACUAGCAUAUAAAUUGAUGGAACUUAUUGCAAUGAGCUUAGGUUUAGUACCAAAUAGGUUCCGUGACUUUUUCAUACAUAACACAAGUAAUAUAAGACUCAAUCAUUAUCCACCAUGCCCUUACCCUCAUCUAGCUCUUGGUCUUGGACGUCACAAAGACACCGGUGUCUUAACUGUGCUUGCUCAAGAUGAUGUUGGUGGCUUACAAGUCAAGAGAAAAUCAGAUGGAGAAUGGAUUCAAGUUAAGCCCAUUUUCAAUUCCUUCAUCAUCAAUGUUGGUGACAUGAUUCAGGUUUGGAGCAAUGAUGGUUAUGAGAGUGUAGAGCAUAGGGUUAUGGUGAACUCUGAGAAGGAUAGGUUAUCGAUUCCGUUUUUUCUGAAACCGGCACUCUACACUGAUGUGCAGCCAUCGGAAGAGUUGACAAAUGAUGAUAACCCUUCGAAAUAUUCACCAAUCAAUUGGGGGAAAUUCCGCUCUGCAAGAAUGCAAAGUAAUUUUACUAAGUCCAAUGUUGAUAACCUCCAAAUUUAUGAUUUCAAGCUUUCCUUGUAACAGAGUUAGAAUUUAUGUAUAUGGAGAUUACAAAGUGUAAGCAAGAGGAGAUAAACACUGAAAUAUUAUAAUAAUAAAUAAUUUUAAAUUAUAUAUAUAAAUUUUAUU